AGCACUCUUAUCAGGGGAACCAUCAUAUACGCCUGUAAAAAUAAGCGACUAGCUGACCCGUUAACACUUCAGUCUUGUUCUGGACAUCUUCCGAUAACGUCACACUGUCUUCGAUCCGGCUCUAAGACACGAGGAAGCCGAUUCGUGUCUUCGUUACACGGAUUGAACAUAGAGCCGAUCGAAGGCGGUCUAAAAGUCAGGCGUGCGGCUCGCGCGAUGUAUGUUUGAAUUCAAAAGGAAAAGAAACGUUCGCUACAGUGCUGGUGAAUUGGAUAAUACGUAGUAAUCGGUACUUGUCGUGAGUUUAGUUGAAGCUUGUGCAAAAUGGGUCAAGUCGAGGAAAAAGGAAAUGAAAGAAUUGGGCUAAAACGAGAGCUUGGUCUUUUCAGCGCAGUGAGCAUCAUCCUGGCUGUUAUGAUCGGUUCUGGAAUUUUUGUGUCCCCCACCAGUGCUCUCGAGAGAUCAGGAUCCAUCGGAUUUUGUCUAAUCGUCUGGAUUACUUGUGGCUUACUGUCUCUACUAGGGGCUCUCGCGUUCGCCGAAUUAAGCACAGUCGUACCACGAUCCGGGGCCGAAUACGCUUACUUUAUCGAAGCUUUUUCACCCUUGCAUCAAUAUGCCGGAGAGAUACCAGCUUUUAUAUGUUCUUGGGUUUACGUGAUGCUAUUACGGCCAGCGGAAGUGGCGGUAGUUACGUUGACAUUCGCUGAAUAUAGCGUACAACCAUUCUCCGAGUAUCUAAUUGAUCUGCCCCAGGAAUCAAUGUUUAAACUGAAAAAGAUCAUAGCCAUCCUAGCUCUCGGCUUGAUCACGUACAUCAAUUUAACUAGCGUAAAAUUGUACGUGAGGGUUCAAAAUAUAUUCACGGUAUGCAAAGUAGUCGCAUGCAUUUUCGUAAUUGCUGGUGGAAUUUGGUGGCUGUGCACCGGACAUACAGAAUUAUUGGCGAAGCCGUUUCAUGGUACCACCGUUUCACCAGGCAAUGUGGCGCUAGCUUUCUACAGUGGAUUAUGGGCUUACGAUGGUUGGACCUCCGCUGCAGUUGUUACGGAAGAGAUCCAGAAACCAGAAGUUAAUAUACUUAGGAGUAUUCUAAUCGCAGUCCCUCUGAUUACCGUUUUGUACGUUUCGAUGAACCUAAUGUAUAUGGCUGCUUUAACGAUGCCCGAAAUGGUAAAAGCACCAGCCGUAGCUGUCCUUUGGGCGGAAAAAGUGUUGCCCGCCUGGCUGGGCUUUGUAAUACCACUGGGUGUUGCAUUAUCUACUUUUGGAUGCAGUCUUAGCAUUCAGUUUGGGGUAUCCAGACUUUGUUAUGUAGCUGGAAGCGAAGGUCAUGUACCCAGAGUUUUUAGCUUUGUACAUAUUGAAAGAAUGACACCUGCUGCAGCAGUGGCGUUUCAAGGAUUGCUGACAUUAUUUUGUCUACUUUUGGGAGACAUUAUCGCACUUAUCGAAUUUGCAAGUUUCUUAACGUGGGUAUUCUAUGGACUUGCGAUGUUAUCGUUAAUAAUCAUGAGACGUACGAAACCAGAUGCACCCAGACCGUACGCAGUGCCAAUUGUGAUACCUUGGCUAGUAUUGGGUGUUUCUAUUUUCCUGGCUGUAACACCAAUCGUACAUGAACCAACACCCAAAUAUCUAUUUGCUUUGUUAUUUAUUCUUUGCGGCAUUGGUAUCUAUCAUAUGUACGUGUACAAAAAAGUUAGAAGUACUUUGGCAACAAAAAUCACAUACCUAAUCCAGGUAUUAUGUCUCGUCGUUGCUCCAGAUAAACAAGACUGA